ACAUUUUGCAACUAACCGUCUGAGAGCAAAAUCUUCCUUUUAUCAGAUACAUCAGAUUUUAAAGCACAUCGAAAGAAAAUCUUGUCGUGUGUAAAGGUGCAGCGGUUUCGCGAACUUGAGUCUCAAUUCGUGCAGUGGAAUAGUGACUGGUUUCGCACGGAGAAAUAUUUUCGUGAGCCAACUUUCACUCCAUUAUCGAUUUGGAUAGUGAGAAAAGGGUGAAAACUAAGAAAUGUCUGGAAUCUGUGGUGAAGCAUUCCUUGUUCGUGCUCCAUUCACUGAAACGGACCAGUCGACUAUCUACGGCCGCAAUGCUCUCUGCCAGCCAUCGGAGGAAGCGUCCGCUAGUGAAGUACUCUACUAUCCAGCAUCCGGGGAGCGCGGAUCAGUGAAAUGUGACUCAGCUGAGAUCGAUGGAGCUGCAACGUUUUCUGUGAUUCUGAGCAAACCAGUCGGCUGUUGGGGCGCCGAAAGCGGAUCCAACGAGAAGGGAGUCUGUGUAGGGCUGCUGUUCAGUGACGGACAUCGGAGUGAUGGAAAACUGAGCGCGACAGAUUUAGUGAGGUUAGGGUUGGAACGUGGAGGAACCGCUUCGGAAACAAUCGAUGCCAUCACGUCGCUAAGUGCCGAGCACGGACCCGAGGGUGAGAGCAAAGAUUCGGCCAAGGCUGCGUUCGUUGUAUGUGACCCGACUGAGGUAUGGCUACUGGACAUCGUGGGUAGCCUUUGGGCUGCUAAGAAGGUGCCGUCUAGCAGCCUUGCACUGAAAGCAGGUCUCUCGGUCGAUAGCCAGAUAGACCGAAGCUCGGAUAAUCUGUCGACGAAAUUGCAAGGCGCUGGGAUCUGGGAUGGAUCUGGCGAGCUUAACUUUAGCGCACUUUUUGACUACGAACCAGCCCGAUCGUGGCCUGCCAGUGAGCCAUCCAGUGAGGCAUCGUUUGGUGUGAUUCAAAUGUUUGAAACGUUGCGAGCUUCUGGGGUGGAUCAGAAAGCGCUCACCAGUCAUGUAUCUGUUUUAUCUAGCACUGGCCUUUCCUGUCAUUGGUUCACGGCAACGCCAAAUCCGCUUGAGUCAGUCUUUAAACCAUUUGCAUUUACACCAGGAACCAAAAUCUCACCACUGACCAAGGUUCCUGAGGGACAAAGUCAGACAUUGCUCCAUAAACUGCACAGUAGCCGAAAAUGGGAACAAAUUGGUGAUUUGUUGAAAUCACUCGAAAGCACAUGCGUUGAGGAAGUAAAUCGCUUCAUAAGUGAACAUUCCGGUGAACCUAACCAAGAAUUGGAUGAACUGAUGAAAGAUUGCGUUGAGGCGGAGGUGAAGUUCUAUCGCUAAAUGCUAUUGCAGAUUACCGUUUGUCGUACCGCAAAUUAUACUGAAACGAACAAAGCGCUAUUUGAUAGCACAUUAACCGUACUUUUACCACAUUCCUCAACAAAUAAGAUUUGCUUGAUUUCUAGAAAAAUGAAUAGGUUGAAAAGUA